AUGCCAAUUAAUCUCUUCAAACUCCCAUCAGUCGUCUUCCGGGAAAUUUUCCAAGAGUGGACUCCUUUAGAAUUCUACUCCCUUGCAAAAUGCUCUAAAAGGCUUCUGAGUCUUGUAAAAUCCAUAAAAACCGAAAACUGGAGAAUAAUUAGUAUAGAACCAGAAUCCAUAACCUUGAGUUGUGGGGUUUAUGGAGAUUACACUUUCCAAAUAAGUGAAAAUCCAGAUGUUCCUAGACUCCUAGAGGUUCAUCCCAGAAUUCGAAUGCUAAGGCAUCCAGAAGAAGGUGUUUCAGAUCUGCUAGCUGAUUGUUCAGAGCUAUUUGGGAUUACUGUAAUUGAUAAAUUGGAUGCCAAGAACUUUAUAUUUUUCGAUCACUUUUUGAAACUUUCCAAACUGAUAGUAGAUCGAAAGCUAGAAGUUAAGCGUUUAUUCUUUGAAGAUCUAAAUUUCUAUAUUAGAAAUGUGGCUGGUGUGAUCCCCUUUCUAAAUGUUAUGAAAAUCACUGAAAACUUAUUUUAUUCGCAUUAUUUGGAAAAUGGGUUCCAACCGAAUUUUGCUAGAUUUCCCAAGACUAUCUUCAUCAAAGGAUCGUCUUGGUUCAAUAUAGAACAACUUCUGGACUGCACUUCUAUUCGGAUUAAACUAGAAGAUUCUAUGCUAACCAAUGAGGAUAUGGAUAGAUUAUUGAGAAAAUGGAAGAGGAAUGAAAUGCCAAAUCUACAAUGGAUUAAAGUUUGUAGCCAAAAGAUUCACCCCAGAGAUACUCCGAUUCUAGACAUGCGACUUCCAAUUGAGGUGCAGUUUAAUCCGACGGGUCAUUCUGUAAUAUUCGAUGACAAUUCAAGAGUUUGGCUCUCUGGAGGAAUCGAAAUCACAGCGGACGAUGGGACCAUUGGAUAUCUGAAAUGUUCGGGACAUGAGCUGGAAUUCAUUGUGCCGAAGCCUUCGAAAAAAUUUGCCUGUCCAGUUUUAAUACGGAAAAGAAAUUCUUAA